AGUCACAUCCCAGGAGGUACCUCGGUGACUUUGUCGAUUGUGAGCUGCCUCAUCAUGGACCUGUGCAAACUAGCUUUGCUCCUGGGAGCCCUAACCUGCACUGCAAGUGGUACUGAGGUGGAUGGCUACACCAAAACUGAAGGAGCACAGAUCCUCUCGUUGCAGAGAAGACAGUACUCAGUUAACAACGUGGCUGAAUGUGCCGCCAAAUGUGACACUGAAACAUCCUUCACAUGCAGGUCUUUCACAUAUAAUCAAAGGGAUGACGGGUGUUGGACAGCACCGGACAACUCUAAAACACUGAUGGCUCAGCGUGGAAAAAGCACAAUGUUGUAUGAAAAAAAAGUGUACCUACUGGAGUGUACAUUUGGAACAGGAAAACAAUACAGAGGAACAAAGUCCACAACAAAAACAGGAAAGACAUGUCAGAGAUGGGACGAAAGAUACCCACAUACACCUAACAUUACACCAGAGGAAUAUCCCCGAGCAGAGCUGGAGUCCAACUUCUGCAGGAACCCUGAUGGAGCCAGUGAGGGACCCUGGUGUUACACCACUGACCCAGACACCCGCUGGGAAUACUGCGAUGUAGCCAUCUGCCCUGAUGAGUGUAUGCACUGCAAUGGUGAGGACUACAGAGGAAGAAUCUCCAUUACAGAAGACAGUUACACCUGCCAACGCUGGGACUCCCAGGAACCUCACAGCCAUGGCUAUGACCCUCACGCUUUUUCAGAUAAAGAUCUUGUAGAGAACUUCUGCAGAAACCCUGAUGGUGAACGCCGACCAUGGUGCUUCACCACUGACCCGUCCAAACGAUGGGACUAUUGCGACAUACCCCGCUGCACAACCCCGCCUCCAACCAUCGCCCCAGAGCUGACCUGUAUCACUGGUAACGGUGAAACGUACCGAGGCACGGUUGCCGUGACUAAAUCAAACAAAACAUGCCAGAGCUGGUCGUCUCAGACGCCACACCAACACUACUACCUACAAAUGUACACCUGCAAAGGCCUGGAUGAGAACUACUGUCGUAACCCUGACAAUGUGGCGAUGCCCUGGUGUUACACCACUGACAAUGCGACUCGCUGGGAGUACUGCGAUGUGCCACGUUGUGGAGAUACAGAUGAGCCAGUGACCCAUCCAGAGGAGGAGGACUGUUAUGAGGGGGAUGGGUCAAGUUACCGUGGCAUGACAUCAGAGACUAUCAGUGGAAAAAAAUGCCAAGACUGGAGCGCCAUGAUUCCACACAACCACAGCUAUACUCCACAGAACUACCCCAAAGCGGACCUCAGGAUGAACCUGUGCAGAAACCCUGAUGGAGAUGAAGCUCCCUGGUGUUACACUACAGACCCCAGUGUCCGCUGGGAGUUCUGCAACUUGGAGCAAUGCCCCACCAAUUCUACGGAAGAGACACCCACAGCCUCACCUAAUCCCCAGACCCCAUCCACUGCAGUUCCACCACACAAAGACUGUAAGACUGGAAAUGGAGAAACAUACCGGGGUCCAACCUCUAUCACCACUAAGGGUGUGACCUGCCAGGCCUGGAGUGCUCAGAGCCCUCACCAACACAAGAGCUUCACCCCAGAAACUCACCCUGACAAGGGGCUGGAGGGAAAUAGCUGCAGAAACCCAGGCAAUGAUGCGAGCGGACCAUGGUGCUAUACUACUGACAAUAACACAAGAUGGGACUACUGUCACAUCCCAAACUGUGUUGAUUCGAAAUGUGGGACGCCAGUCGCCAAACCAAAGCGUUGUUUUGGUCGGAUUGUGGGAGGCUGCGUGUCUAAACCUCACUCGUGGCCCUGGCAAAUCAGCCUCCAGACCACUUGGGGAUUUCAUUUCUGUGGAGGAAGUCUGAUUCAUCCUCAGUGGGUCCUUACUGCUGAACACUGCAUUCACAAGUCUGAGGACCCUGCAUACUACAAGGUACUCCUGGGUGUCCACACAAAGUCAGGUGAAGAGCCAUCGCGACAGGAAAGGAACGUGGAGAAACUGAUGCGUGCACCCAACAACGCUGACAUUGCUCUGCUGAAACUGCAGAGCCCUGCAAUGAUAAAUGACAAAGUCCUGCCAGUUUGUCUGCCAGAGCAGGACUACAUUGUUCCUGCUAGAACUGAGUGUUAUGUCACCGGAUGGGGUCAAACCCGAGGUACGGCAGGUGCAGGCGUCCUGAAGGAAACUGGAGUCCCAGUGAUCGAGAACAAGAUCUGUAAUAGUCCACGGUACAUGAACGGGGAAAUCAAGGAAGAUGAAUUGUGUGCUGGAGUCAAUGAGGGAGGAAUGGAUGCCUGCAAGGGUGACAGCGGUGGUCCCCUGGUGUGUAAUAGCCAGAACAGUUACAUCCUGCAGGGUGUGACUUCAUGGGGUGCUGGAUGCGCCGCUCCUAUGAGACCCGGCAUCUACGCUCGAGUCUCCACAUUUGCCGACUGGAUCAACAAAACCAUUGAAGACAAUUAAAACUACCCACCUUACAAAAAAUACUGUAGCUUCAGUCGCAGAAAGUAACUGUUUAUUGUGCUCUUUGAAGAUACUUUCUGAUUUCUGAUACUUGUCUGAUGUCAACAGAUGUUUUGUUUCCUCUGGUGUAUACACAAUAAGCCAAUCAUGUUUCUGGUUUUGGCAUGUAAAGGUGUCUCUGUAAGAGCUGAAAAAUAAAACUUAAUACAAAUGA